AAGGUGAAGUAGUACGCGCACACACCCCUUGCGCGUCUUGUGGUGUCCGCAAGAGCUUGCUAACCAAUGGUAAGCCAUUAGCUAUCAUAGCUUGUGCAUGUGACGCCAUUUCGGUCUUGUAAGUCCACGGGUGCCAUUGUGAGGGUGUGUUGAAAAGGCCAAGCAAAAUGGUGAAGAUAUUUAUAGGCAACCUGUCCCCCAACACAACAACGGAGGAACUCCGCGCCCUGUUCUCUCAAUAUGGAAAGAUCUCAGAGUGCGACAUUGUCAAAAACUUUGGCUUUGUGCACAUGGACGACAAAUCGGAAGCAGAAGAGGCCAUCCGCAACCUCCACCACUAUGAGCUAAACGGCCAGGCCAUGAAUGUAGAGCUGAGUCGAGGCAAACCUAGGGCCUCCACAAAGCUCCACGUAGGCAACAUCAGCAGCAGCUGCACGAAUCAGGAGCUUCGUGCCAAGUUUGAGGAGUACGGCCCUGUGGUAGAGUGUGACAUUGUCAAGGACUACGCGUUUGUGCACAUGGAGAGAGUAGAGGAUGCCAUGGAGGCUAUCAGUGGUCUCGACAACACAGCCUUUCAAGGCAAACUGAUGAGUGUGAAGCUCUCGACUAGCCGCCUGCGCACCGUGCCGGGGAUGGGAGAGAGGACGGGUUGUUAUCGGUGCGGGCAGGAAGGCCAUUGGUCUAAAGAGUGCCCUUUGGACCAGAAUGGCUCCUAUCGUGACGGUGGUGGUGCCAUGGGGCCCGGCGGCUCCAAUGGAUUCGGUCCUCCGAGGUUUGGCGGUCGCGGCCGCGGGUUUCAUCGUGGCUUCAAUGGUGCUGACCCGGGCUUCGGAGGCAGCUUCGUGCCCGCUCACGGCAUCAGCAGGGGCGGGGCUUACGGCGGCGGAGCUGGUUACGGCCGUGGCGCCACGGGCUACGAGGGCGCUAUGGGUUACGGUGUGCCUCCGGGUUACGGCAUGGCGGCGGACCCUAGCCUGGCCCGUGCAUACGGAAGCGAAGCAGCGGCUUAUGGGGGGGCAGCAGCCAGUUAUGGUGCCUCGAUGCCGGGGUACCCCAGUGCUCGCCGCUCCGCCUAUGAUGAGCGAGAUCCGUACGGUGUGGUGGACUUCUACGAGAAGUAUCGGGCGCGUCCGUACGGUGGCAGUUAUUUCGAAGAUCGACGCGCUGUUCCCAUGCCCACCCCUCCUCCUCCUCCUCCUCCCACCGCCUCCUCCAUCAUGAGGGAUCGCUUGUCCUCUUCUAGCCUCGACCCGUACGAGCGGCGACCCCUACCCCCUCCACCGGCUCCUGGCUCCUCGUACUACUCCCGCGAUCGAAGCCCAAUCCGGCGCGUGCCCCCCGAAGCAGAGGGCUACUCAUACGAGCGCUCGCGGCUCUCCCCGGUCUCUUCGCUUCCUCGGACCUCUGCGUACGACCUGCCGCGGGAUCCCUAUGCAGAUCGGGCGCGCUACGCUUAUUAGCACCUUUUAGCAGGUGAGGGCUACCUCGACUUUUCUUCAGCUCAGGGCAUGGGUAAAUAUGUUAAUCCAAACUCAUACAUAUGAUUGGUUGGUAUUAACCAUGUGGUUCAAAUUAUGGCUAUUUAUUAUCGUGGCUAUUUAGUGUUACAGUUUGGACAAAUCCUGGCAUAGUUAAAUGUGUGCCGUUAAUAUGCCAUAUUUUCUGUGGGAGAAGACCAUACAGAAAAUAUGAAAAUGGAUUUUAGUUCAAAUAAUAAGAAUUGUACAUGCUAGACAAUGGAUACUCUGAGAGGACCAUACCAUGGAACUACAAGAUGAACGGCUAGUACAGACAAGCCAAUGGGGCAGCCGUGGCCUACUGGUUAGCGCUUCGGACUUGUAACUGGAGGGUUGCCGGUUCGAACCCCGACCAGUAGGCACGACUGAAGUGCCCGUGAGCAAGGCACCUAACCCUUCACUGCUCC